AUGACCGAUGUGAUGCCUACCCCCACGGAAAGAUCGACCACUCCUACCAUCCCUCCGCCCUCCCCGGUCGUGAAACCUUCUUCGACCCCGUCGCCGCCACCUGCACCUCCGAUUCCGGAAGAUCUGUUCUACUACGGCCCACUCCGAAGGCCGGUUCACUGGUGCGACUACCACAGGAGAGAGCAUGACGCCCCUUGUCCUUUGGCCGAAAGCCGCAAGCUAUAUCGACGGGAGAUCCUUGCCUCGCUCAAGCUGGACAACCCCAAAGCGCCGAUCCGAGAUGCUUGCAGGGUGUACUACGCGCAGUUCCAAGACAUCGCCCUUCAAAUCAUGAGGUCCAUCUCAGAGCUUCCCGCGCCCAAGAUCCGGGAAAUCGAGAACGUCUACAUGCAGUUGAUCGAUGCCAGUCAGGCCAUUCACAAGACCAUGUCGGUGAUUCAGAGUGAUGCGUCGUACGACCUCGGUACGGGCAAGACGUGGAGCUUCUUGGCUCAUGCGAUUGCCAACAAGCGCACUAUGAUGGAGGAUGCCAUCUGUCAAGCCUUCCGCCUGCUGAGGUAUAUCGAAGAGGUCCGUCCGGUGAUUGAGGAGGUCAUGACCGAGGGAAAAAAGGCGUUUCCACUGUUGAAACCGUUCGGCAAGCGCAUCACCCGGAACUGCCGCAACAUCUGCCAAGACCACUGUCUCAUCGCCGCGCACCGCGAAACACAUCUCAUGCGACUCUUGUCUCGUGUGAUGACCAGCUCAGACAAGGUCGGAAUGAAAGUCGCACAAGCGUGCGCAUACGAGAUGAGAGGCCGACUGCUCCGCGCCCAGCUUCUCAACCUUGUCGAUUACGAGUCGUCCUUCGGUUUCGUCAACUCCCUCGUCGGACGCAUCGAGAGGGACGAGUUCAAGGGUGGGAUGCUCGACUUUGACGUCGUCUUGCAUGCUCAUUUGGGUCUGGCGGGCGGCAAUUCCGGCGACAGCGCUAUCGCGAAGGCGUUGUACGAGGUGUAG